AUGACAGUUCUAAAUGAGGAAACGUCAAACAGAGAGGGAUCCUUCUUAACCUUAAAAAAGAUCCCGAAAGUUCAUGGACGUGCAAUCAUCGGUGUGUCGUAUGUACGCGAUCCUUAUUCACAGGAAGAAUAUUUAAUAACAUGCGCGCAAGAUUCCCUGAAAAUAUGGCUUGUGGAUAAAAAUGAUCCGGGAUUGUUAACAGAAAAGCAAGAAAUCAAAGGGUGGAGAAGCGGAGCGCAAGAUUUCGAUGUAACGCCCGAUGGGGCAAUGAUAGCAGUUGUCGGUAUCGAUUCUUUGAUGCAUGUAUUCCAUUUGUCCUUAUCAGACUUCACAUAUAGUGCUGAUAUUUUUAACAUGGGAUUCAUGGAACAGUGGUUUGUCAGAAUAUCACCUUGCCGAACUCGUUAUCUUACAGUAAGUUUUUCUGGAUUUCUUUCGCGGCUUUCUUUAAAAGGUACUGCUGAUGAUAACCUCAGUUUUCCAGGAGCACGACAAGUCUCUUCAUUAUCAUAUAGUCCAGACAACAAAAUGAUUGCAGUAGCUAACAAUGAAGGGAUUGUUACAAUACUCAAUGCACCAAAACUUGAAAUUCGAUUUUUCUUUGAAGCACACGCAAUCAAAGUAAGAGCAACAUGUUUUUCCCCAUCAUCAGAUACUUUGUUAACAGGAUCGGACGAUAAAAUCGUCAAACUUUAUAUAAUCCGUAUAGAUAAGGCACAAUUGGUUAAAAGCUUUUGUGGUCAUCGAAGUUGUAUUACGGCAGUCAGAUAUAACCCUCGAGAUCCGCAAAUAUUUGCAAGUUCAUCGAAUGAUGGUUGUAUAUUUUUAUGGAAUAUUACACAAGACUGUGCACUUCACUUUUUUCAAGGAGCUCAUGAAGGAGUGGUAAAAGGUCUUUCAUUUUCGAUAAGCGGAAUGUAUAUAGCUAGCGUUGGUGAAGAUCGUGCAGUUUGUAUACACCGUUUAGGUAAUCAGUUAGAACUCGUUGAAAACAGCUGGCCAACCACUCAGGAACUUCAAAGUGAUGAGAGCCAACAAAUAGAUUACAAUUCAACGAUUGCGAGCGGGAAUUCCAUGCUACCAACUCUCGAAAAUAGGAAAAAUGAUGAGGAAGAAGAUGAACUCCUAGUGCGAGCGAGGAGAGAUCUGGAAGGAACAAGCAACGAAGCAUCACCUGAAUGA